AUAUAUAUACUCAUCUAAAUUAAUCUAAAGAACAAGAAAGAAUUCAAUAUGGAUUGAGUCAUACAUUACAUACAUAACACCGGGACCAAAUUUUGGUCUUUUUGUCGAGUACUUACGUACCAAAGUUCUAUAAAUACUCACUCCUGUCUCCACUUCACAACAGCAACGUGGACUCCUUUGUAUUUAGCUGAGUACUCUUUCACCGUUUCCUUAAUUAUAAUCACCAUACGAAACACACACACACACACACACACCUCCUUUUCAUCUCUCGAAACACGAUUUUCCUUAAAAUCAUUUACCUACUUAUAGUGAUGGGUUUGUCAAUGUUCUUCUCCUCUGAAAAUGAUGUAAUCCAUCAUCACUCCUCGCCUUAUGCUUCUGUUGACUGCACUCUCUCCCUUGGAACUCCCUCCACUCGCCUCUGCAACGACGACGAUGACCGUAGAUUCUCUACUCAUACUUCGAACAAUAUCUCCAACGCCUUAGGCUCAUGGGACUUCUUGCACGGUGGCAAGAAAGCCGGUGGAGGCGGCGGAAACAACUUAGUCGCUCGCCGCUGCGCUAACUGUGAUACCACUUCUACUCCUCUUUGGAGAAACGGUCCAAGUGGUCCCAAGUCACUGUGCAAUGCGUGUGGAAUCCGAUUCAAGAAGGAAGAAAGACGUGCGUCGGCAGCCGGAAACUCUACUUCCGGUGGAGGACUAACGGCUUUUGGUGGUCCGGCAUCGGAUCAUCACGGAGGUGCAGAUUACUAUUAUAAUAACAACAGUAAUAAUAAUCAUUAUUAUGCAUCAUCGUCGCCUUGGACUCACCACCAACAGCAAAAUACGCAAAGAGUUCCUUAUUACUCGCCGGCUAACAACAACGAAUAUUCUUUCGUUGAUGACGUCAGAGAGAGUCAUGAUAUCACGACCGAUCCCUUCUUGUCUUGGAGGCUUAACGUUGCCGACCGGACCAGACUUGUCCAUGAUUGUACGAUGUGAUGAGUUAUGACCGUUUCAUAUCUUUUCCCCAUAAGAGUGUUGGCCUUGGAUACCUUUUAGCCGAAACAAAAAAGGAGAAAGUCUUAAAUUUUAAUUUUAUUUUUUUUACAUAUAUAUUUUAUUUUAUAGUUUUUGUGUAAGUUUUUAAAAAUUAAAUUUAGUAUGAAGCUACUCUUAAGGGUGGAACCUGUUUUCUCUCUCCUUCCCCAUUCUCUCUCAAUUAUUUUUCACGGGGAUAGAUGAGAUUUGAGAUGUUGUUUUUGAUGUUCUCCGGAUCUUUUCCGGCGAUCUUUGCCCGUUGGUGGGCUUUAGUUCCGGCACAUGAUGGCAUCUUCUGCAUGAUGUGGCUGGCUUCUGGCUCCGGAAGUUCGCGUUCUUCACGGCGGAGCUUCCGGCUCUUGGCUCCGAUGACUCGACCUUUCCUUUGGUGAUGUCACUGGCUCUGGUUUGGCGACUCUUCUCCGUUGGCGUCGUCGGAAUUUUAUCUGGGUCUCUCCCGGAUCUUGCUUGUUCUUCGCUCUUUUGCGAAGAUUUCGUUCUUAUCUGCUCUCACUCUUCGGUGAUAGUCGUCGGUGGAUCCUUUAGACAGGUUUCUGUUCCGGUUUGUUCCGGUGAAACGCCGAUUAGGUCUCUGGCGGUGAUUUUUUAGCGGUGAAAGUGGCGUUGGGCUUCAUUAUUGUCUGAAGUUGCCUCGACGGUUUCUCUCUCUCGACGUCCUGUUCCGGUGUGUUUGGUGGAUGUUCGGAGAUUUGCUCCGGGGGCGAUUUCCUCGCCGUGGAGACGUGUCCUGUCUCGCCUGCACGUGUCCUUUUCUCGCUUCUGCGUUUAACGCGUGGCAGACUUUGAAGACGGAUUCUGGUUUCCUUUGGGCUAGGAUUUGGUAUGGGCCUUCAUGGGCUUUUUGGUUUUGUUUCUUUUCGGUUUGGCUGAGCCUUUAGGUUUUUCUUUGUAUCGGGCUUUUGCCCUUUUACCAUAAUAAAAUAAUUUUACGAGGAAAAAAAAAAGAGUAUGAAGCUACUCUUGUUUUCUUUUCAUGACUUUUUGAAUAUUCUCUCGGGUAAUCAACUAAUGAUACGUAUACUCAGGUACUUUUUAACCUUUUUCUCAUGUGUGUCCUACUUUGACCGUGAUUCAAGAUUUGUGAUUUUCACCAUGUUA